AUGGAGUGUGAAGAGUUAUGUGAUGUCCCAAACAAUCUAGAACUAUUAGAGCAAGAGUUACCACUUGAAGAUUUUGGUGAUUGUGAGUUGAAAUCCAAGCCAUAUGUUGGAAUGCAAUUUGACUCCCUUGAUGGUGUUGAAACUUUUUACAAAGUAUUUGCAAAAAAAGAAGGUUUUGGAAUCCGUAUUCGUACUAGUAAAAGACCACCUAGAAGUGAUAAUAUAAAAAGUUGUAUUUAUGUAUGUUGUAGUGAAGGGCAACGCAAAAGAAAAAAGACACUUGAUAAUGGAGAGAGCAGAGAUGAUGAACAAAAGGCUCGUAGAAGUUGUUCAAGUCUUAGAACUAGAUGCAAAGCAAUGCUUAAGGUCAUGAAGAAUAAGAAGUUGCAGAAAUGGGUUGUGAAGGGAUCUGACAACAACCACAAUCAUGGUAUAAUUAGUCCAAAAGUGUGUCAUAUCUCUGAUGCCACACAAAAAUGUCUACUGCUACCAAAAGUCUUGUUGAAAAAUUUGGUGAAGAAGGUCUUCCAACAGGAAAAUUUGUCAUGA